UUCAUCACUCUUGUUUUGCGCGUGUGUGAUAUAUGAUGUGAACGCAAUUUCACGCGCUGGGCUGCGAUCAUUCCAAUGGCUCUUGUCGAUCACGGACGAUGAUUUUUGUCUAUCUUAUUUUUCCAUUUGCAUUACGGGAAUAUCGCUCCAGCGUCGACGCAGUCUGUGAGCAGAAGAGAUCUUCACCUCCCGUGACUGCUGAAGGAUAUCUUUGCAUGCCGAGAUACUAAAUAGACACGGAGAGCACCUUCAAUGCCGUGGGAACAUGUCAUAUGUUCCCUUUCAAGAUGCGAGGUGUGCUGUCCCCCCGUCCUACCGACACCAGCCCUCCUUCGCUGCUGCUCCCUCCUACGAGCAACCCGACUGGAACCCUCGUCUGUGUGUGAUCUCUGGACAUCAGCUCUACAUGUUGGACCAGGAGGAGGUUCACCCUUUGUUGAUGCGCGAGCGGCGCUCCGAGUCGCACAGGAACAAGCUGCUGCGACGGACGGUCAGCGUGCCUGUGGAGGGGAGGCCCCAUCCUGAGAUGGACAACGCUCGGCUCCGUCGGAAAAGCAUUGCCACCGGGAAACAGCCAAGCAUGGAGAUCCCACCCACUGCCCCCCCUCAACCCUUCCGACAAUCCAGUUUCCUCAGCAGAAGACUAAAGGGGUCCAUCAAACGGGCCAAGAGUCAGCCAAAGCUGGACCGAACCAGCAGUUUUCGUCAGAUGAUCCUCCCUCGAUUCCGCAGCGCUGACCAGGACCGGACUCGUCUGAUGCAGAGCUUCAAAGAGUCGCACUCCCAUGAGUCUUUGCUGUCUCCCAGCAGUGCAGCUGAGGCUCUGGAUUUGACGCUAGAUGAAGACGCCAUCAUCAAGCCAGUUCACUCCAGUAUACUGGGACAGGAGUACUGUUUUGAGGUGACAACUGCUUCAGGAACAAAGUGUUUCGCCUGUCGGUCGGCUGCGGAGCGAGACAAAUGGAUAGAGAAUUUACAGAGAGCUGUCAAACCCAACAAAGACAACAGUCGACGUGUCGACAACGUUCUGAAGCUCUGGAUCAUAGAGGCUCGGGAACUCCCACCUAAAAAGCGCUAUUAUUGUGAACUGUGUUUGGAUGACAUGCUGUACGCCCGCACCACCAGCAAACCCCGAACCGAUACCGUCUUCUGGGGUGAGCACUUUGAGUUCAACAACCUGCCAGCUGUCCGCAACCUCCGCCUUCAUCUUUACAAAGAGACCGACAAGAAAAGACGUAAGGAGAAAAGCACAUAUUUAGGCUUGGUCAGCAUCCCCAUUUCCAGCAUCACCGGUCGCCAGUUUGUAGAGCAGUGGUACCCUGUCAUUCAGCCCAGCGUCCUGGCCAAGGGUGGAGGUGUGGGAGGAGGCAAAAUCAUCAACGCAUCCCUGCGGCUCAAGUCGCGCUUUCAGACCAUGAGCAUCUUGCCGAUGGAGCUCUAUAAAGAGUUUGCAGAGUACGUAACCAACAACUACCGAACGUUAUGCGCCGUUCUGGAGCCGCUGUUGAGCGUGAAGAGCAAAGAGGAGGUGGCUUGUGCGCUGGUGCACAUCCUGCAGAGCACAGGGAAGGCAAAGGACUUUCUUUCAGACAUGGCAAUGUGUGAGGUGGACCGAUUCAUUGAUCGAGAGCACCUCAUCUUCAGAGAGAACACAUUGGCCACCAAAGCCAUAGAAGAGUACCUCAAACUCAUCGGACACAAGUACCUCAAAGACGUUUUAGGUGAUUUUAUCAGAGCUUUGUAUGAGUCAGAGGAGAACUGUGAAGUCGACCCCAUGAGAACUCCACCUUCAAUACUGCCCGAACAUCAAGCCAACCUCCGGAUGUGCUGUGAACUUGCCCUCUGCAAAAUCGUCAACUCUCAUUGUGCUUUUCCAAGAGAACUGAAGGAGGUCUUUGCCUCCUGGCGUGUCCGAUGUGCAGAGAGAGGGAGGGAAGACAUUGCUGAUCGACUAAUCAGUGGUUCCCUUUUCCUGCGCUUCCUGUGUCCGGCCGUCAUGUCCCCGUCCUUAUUCAACCUCACGCAGGAAUAUCCCGACGAGCAGACGUCACGCACACUCACCCUAAUAGCCAAAGUCGUGCAGAACCUUGCAAACUUCUCAAAGUUUGGCAGUAAGGAGGAGUACAUGUCUUUUAUGAAUGAGUUUUUAGAGAUGGAGUGGGGAUCCAUGCAGCAGUUCCUCUACGAGAUCUCCAAUCUAGAUAGCGUGAGCAAUGCAGGCGGUUUCGAGGGCUACAUCGACCUGGGACGCGAGCUUUCCAUCUUGCACAGUCUUCUGUGGGAAGUUAUGGCACAGCUAAGUAAGGAUGCUAUCAUCAAACUUGGACCAUUGCCACGCCUACUAAAUGACAUCAGCAUGGCUCUCCGUAACCCUCAUCUCCAGAGGCAGCCCAGCCAUCCGACAGACAGACAGCCUCCAGAAAGACAGACGGAUAGAUUGCUUUCCAGGCCCAGCUUUAACCGAGGCGUCUCGUCUGAGUUUCAGAACCUCAUGAUGAGAGACCUCAACAGUUCGAUAGACAUCACUCGCUUGCCCUCUCCGACUUCUGCUAUGUCCAGCGGCGGAGCUCCCCAAUCUCGGCCUGGAAUUGGGGGGUUCGCGGAUCGAGAUCAUCCUCACAGAGCCUCAUCGAAAGAUGUUUUCUAUGUCGCCCGUCCCCCGUUGGCCCGGUCUAGUCCCGCGUACUGUACUAGCAGUUCUGAUAUUACUGAUCCAGACCCAAAGGACUCAAGAAUGAACAGCGUCUCUAACCUGCAGUCUAUGGGGGACAUGCUCAACUCUUCCCAGGCCUCGAUUGCCGGCCUCGGCAGCUACGCUGGGCUCGCGGGUUUGGGAGGAGGUCUCGGAGGUCAGCUGCGCGCCGGAGGGAGGAUGUCGGCCGGGUCCGGGGGCUCCAGUAUGUCCGGGGGACUCCGAUUGAGCCAGAUGGGAACCACCAGCGAUUCGCUGCAGCAGCAACAGCAGGCCGCCGCUCUCCGCUACCCCCUCUCCUUCCAGAAUCCCCUGUUCCACCUCGCCGCAGACGGGCCGCAGCUUCAUCACCAGCACAGUCGAGCUCAGCCGCCGCCUCCUCUGCUGCUGUCCCCUGAACCGGACCCCUCUCACCCCGCUUACAUGCCACAGUUCGCCCACGGCGGCUUCUCCCGGAGCGAGGACCUUUCCACCCUCAGACCUGGACCUCACCUGGGUCAGCCGAGCAUCAUUCACUCACACAGCUACAGUGACGACUACACCCGACAUAAUCAGAGCGACUACGGGCGACGGCAGGUCCCAAUGCACUUGCAGGAUCAGCAGCAGAUGACGGGCAUGACAUCACAGACCGGCACAUCUCAUUCGUCGCUUGCCACGCCUCCCACCACCGUUCAGCCUGUCCGUCAGACAUCCAUGGCUCCUCCCACGCAGCGAAUGAAAUCUCAACCCUCGCAUCAGCUUUCCGUGAGUUCUGCCGCCGCACCCGCAGGCAAAACCAGGCCGCAGAGCGGGAACCUGCUGCAGUCCCCGGAGUCCGGUUUCGGGGGCCGGCAGCAGGGGCCCCGGCAGCAGCUGUCCGUCAAAGACAGCACGCCUCCUGGCCUACCGCAUCAGCAGAGCUCCACCAGGGAGAGCCAGGGGUCACAGGGCUCUCAAGGUGGAACACCACAAUCUACACAACAAUCCAAAUCACAUCAGGAACGGCAACAGGUUCAACAACAGAAUCUCCUCAAGCCCACAGUGAGCAAACAGGGUUCUUCACAAUCUCCAUCUACACUCAACCCCGGGACCCCUGCCUCUGAACGAACGGUCGCUUGGGUGUCCAACAUGCCCCAUCUUUCUGCUGACAUCGAGAGUUCUCGCAUCGACAGAGAAGAGUUCAAGCUGAAGGAAUAUUCCAAGAGCAUGGACGAGUCUCGUCUGGACAGGGUGCGAGAGUACGAGGAGGAGAUUAAUUCACUGAAGGAGCGUUUGAUGAUGUCACACCGUAAGCUGGAGGAGUACGAGAGGAGGCUGUUAUCUCAGGAACAGCAGACCAAUAAGAUCCUGCUGCAGUAUCAGAGCCGCCUGGAGGACAGUGAGAGACGCUUGAGACAUCAGCAGAUGGAGAAAGACACCCAGAUUAAAGGAAUUAUUGACAGGAAUGAAGACAUGGAGUGAAGACAUUCAGAUGUCCAGUUGCCGUGAAGGGACACCUGGGUUUUUACUCGUAUAAAAAAAUAUAUAAAUCAUCAAAUCAUCGUGUAUAAGCACAAACUGUAUUUCAUAUGAAUGUUUGUAAAUGGGCGAUAGUUUGUCGUAUAGAUUUGUUGCCUUCAAAGAGAACUUGACAAAGGUGCGGUUUCUCGGACAGGGAUUAAACUAGUCCUAGACUAAAAUAAAUGUAAGAGCUGUCCAAACUGAAAACAACUUCCACUGCCAUAUCCUGGCUUAAGCUAAUCCCUGUCCGGGAAACCACCUGCAAGUAUUAAAGUCUUCAUAAAUUCCUUUAUGAGUAGUUAUAUAGUUUACACACUUUGCAUUAGGGAUGCUCCGAUCAGGAUUUUUGCAGCCAAUACCGAGUACCGAUUUCUUGUCGUCAUGAACGGCCGAUAACAAAGCCCGGUACUGAUUCUUCAAGCUUAUAUGUAAGAUCUUUGAUGACUGUAACUGUCCUGACUAAUACCACAGAUUUUGCCUUUAUUAUAUAACUUGCAGUAAUUAGGUAGCCUAUAGUAUUGUUUUAAAGGGACACUUCCAGCUUCCCUUGAGUUAAACAUUUGAUUUUUACCGUUUUGGAAUCCAUUCAGCUGAUCUCUGGGUCUGGCGCUACCACUUUUAGCAUAGCUUAGCACAAUCCAUUGAAUCUGAUUAGACCAUUAGCAUCACGCUAAAAAAAACCCAAAGAGUUUCAAUAUUUUUCCUAUUUAAAACUUGACUCUUCUGUAGUUACAUCGUGUACUAAGACCGAUGAAAAAAAUUAAAAGUUGUGAUUUUCUAUUCAAAGUUACCAAGGGGACUAUUUUCAGGCGCUGCAUAAUAUCAUUGCAUGGUACAUUGUACGGCAGCAAAGUCCUUGAUUAUUACGCUGAAAUGAGAAUAUAGUUCCUUUGAAAAGGCUUAAUAUCUGUUACAAGUAAUGAAAAUAAAACACAUCACAGUCUCUAGAGAUGAAUUAGGAUAAUGGAGCUUUAAGACGUGAGAGAGAUCUUUUCUUUGUUCUCGUGCUGAAUGACAGGCUGUGUGCGCGUGACGGGUGUACCCGGACAAGAGCAGCUGCGAUGAAAAUAUAAGUUUUUAGCAAAACUUUAAAAACGCAUGCAAAUAAUAAACUUUCGGCAUGAAGAUGCAAUGUCCGCAACAUAUAGAUAUAUAUGUUGUAUACGCUGUUUGAUGGAGAUGUAAAGACGCAUUGUGCUGGAUGUUAGGACCGGUAAAAGCAGAUAGAGAAAUCCAGAUUUGCAGGUCGUACAUGAACAACGAAUAAAAAUGGUCUCCAAUUGCGGACGCAUUUAGGUGCCCUAUGAUCAGCGCUUUAAACCAGAUUUUUUUCCAAUUGUUUCGUUCCGAACAGUAACAAUAUUUUUAUUUUAGCAUUUCCGGUUUUCGCUUCAACCCUAAAAUUGAUGUUCAUGAACCGGUUAGAACAAAAAAAUAAAGUUCCCGGAGCAGUUAAUAACGUUCUAUGUCAGCUGUGGGACAUACAAAUAAGUAUGAUCAUUAGGAUUGUUAAAGAUGAAUACAACAGUAUCAAUAUAAUUAAGAGUAAAUACGGUAACAUAUAUGUGGAAAUGAAACUUACUUUUAAAUGUACGCACACUUUCCUAUGGCUUGAAUACACGCGAGCCCUCUACAGCUUUCAAGCGAAACAUAACUAGUUGCGUCAACUCUGGGGGCGGGACUAAGUAACGACUGUCAAUCAGUUACAACACACCAAUAAGAAUUAACUUACAGAGCCUUUUCAACAAGGAUAUUAAACUUAAAUGAUUAGUCUACAUAUCUUUCCUUAAGUCUCUAUCUUGUCAUCAAACAUUAAAAAAGGCUACAUUAUGUAAGCGGCAUAACUGUUAUUCUGACAUGCCUACAUUUAUUUCAGCAUUAUACAUGAAUUAAGACAAGGACCAUUUCUGCCAUGUCGUUUAUUGGCAAACAACUUAAACAAAAGUUCUUAUUAGAAAAAGAAUACUGUGUUAUCUCAAGAUCAUUUUGUUUGUAUGUGUCCUGUCAAGAACAGAAAGAUUGUUCGCUUGCUUUUUAAAAUGCGUCUCUCCGUGUAUGCACUUUUGAGUGCACUUAAACACGCACACACACACAGACUGAGGACGAAUUCCAAACAGCGCUUUGGGAAGAAGAUGCAGCAUAAACACUCCACACAGUGAAAAUGAUGUUUUUCAGUGCUUUAUUCGACAAAUGUAUUUUAAUGGAGUACAGUAUGAGACACAGUAUAGCGCAACUCUCUCUCAAGUUUAUACAUCAAGAGUUCUGAUAUUUAAAGGUGCUCUAAGCGAAUUGAAGCGUUUUAGACCAUAAAACAUUUUUUGUUACAUACCGGAAACAUCUCCUCACUAUCUGCUUGCUGCCUGUCCGCUGAUCAAACUGUAAAAAAACGCGAUCUCUGUAGACAGCCCAGGCUUCACAAACGGCAAUAUCAACAAAUGGCCAAACCUAGCAUCACAAAACUAAACAAAGAAUUCCAGCCAAUAAACGACAAGAAGGAUUUGGGGGUGGGGGUUGGGCGCGUUCAUGAAAGCACGGAAGGGAGGGGGAGGAGUUAGCUACGCUCUGUCUGUUUGAAAACAGUUCAAACAUCAACAGGAAGUGACGUCGCACAUUAUUCGCUUAGAGCGCCUUUAAAGGGCAUAGGGAUAAUCACGUUUGACUGGAGUUGGACCGGACAUAUUCAACUGCGUGAACGUCUGUGCAUACAGAUAAUUGCUCACUAUAGCAUCUUUUUGGUGUUAAAUUGUUAAUAUUUGCAAGCCUUUGAAACAUGUGCAAAUGAUCAACUUUCACCCUAUUUAAAUUUGCGUAUUAAUCUGCAAAUCGCAUGGGAGCCGAACCGUGGGUCGUGAUCUGUACGAAUUGAAUUAGUACCACUUAUUAGUAUUAAACUAACAUCUUUAGAUACUUGGUAGCCUACAAUAUUUCCCUCUUAUGAUGGACCAUUAGACACAUGGGCUUGAGUAGGCUACAUGCUGCUGGCAAGCUUCUCAUUUCUCUGAUGAGUCAACAAUGAUUGGAAGUGAACUUCACAGAAUCAUAUUGCACAGAAAUAUUGUUAAAGAACGAAAAAAAUUACAGUAUUAACCGGUUACCAUUAUUUUAAAUAAACAAUUCUGUUCCGGAACAUAUAUUUUUUUGAAAGUUUCUGGUUUCGUUUCUGUUCCUUGCAAAACAUGAAAAGUUUCUGGUUUUUGUUUUCGUUCCGUGAACCGGUUCAAAAACCUUGCCUAUGAGGACAAAAGUAAUAGAAAGAUUGGUUCAUGAUAUCGGCAUAUUUAGCGAUUUACAGAUCGAGUCAUUUAAUGCUAUGAUCGACCGAUACCGAUCUGCGGCCGAUCAAUCGGAGCAUCCCUACUUUGCAUGUCUUUUACCACAAUGCAAUAGUUUUUCCAACAGAAAUUGCUGUCAUUAUUUACUUGCUCUUAAAGUUUUUUCUACAAAUAAUAAUCAUAAUGAUAUGCAAUGUCUUUUCCCAAAUGAAAUAAUAUCAUUGCAUUAUUACUUUGUAUGGAAGCACGAUACUUGUACUGCUUCAACUUUCUUAUGCACAUGACAUGAGGGCAAAUAUGCUGGAUAAUGACAGACUUUUUCUAUUUUAAGAAGCAAAUAUCAGUGUUGCAUUAAAGGGAUAGUUCGCACAAAAUUGAAAAUUCUGUUAUUAUAAACCGGCCCCAUUGACUUCCAUAGUAGGAUAAAAGUAUACAAUGGAAGUAAAUGGGGCUUCUGAUCGGUUUGUUUACAAACAUUCUUCAAAAUAUCUUCCUUUGUGUUCAUCAGAACAAAGACAUUUAUACAGGUUUGUAACAACAUGAGAGUGAGUAAACAUUUUUGGGUGAACUAUCCCUUUAAUUAUGUUCUUCCGAAACAAGCCUUUCGCAGCCUUUACCUGUUUGUCUUGAAAGACACUGCCAGGGCUUUCUUUUCCAAAAAGCCAAAAUAAAUCGUAGCAGCACAUCUUAACAUAGCAGAUCAGCUGAUUUUGGAAGGAUGGUAUUAUGUUUUCCAGAGCUUGUGUACCUGCACUGUUUUUUGCUAUGCAUCUUUCACUGUGUCCUAUAACAUGUGUGGUGAAAGUGUCUUGCACUUUAAAGUAGAUCAUAUUUCUGGUCUUCAUGUUUCAUCAUAUCUCUGUGUGCAACAACAAAAACAGCGAUCUCAUCCCACCCAUUGUCACAUCCAUAGAUUUUAAGUGCACAUUGCUGGAAAAUCAGUUGCAUUUAAUGUGAAACAUGCAAUAAAAUAAGACAUUUAAGGGUUCACCCAUAUGCAUCCUUAUACAUUGUCAGAAAUAAACGUAUUAUUAUACCUCAAAGGUACAUACAGUAUGGUACCAAAUGUAUACAUAUCUGUACCUAAAUGUUACAUAUUGGGGCCUUUUUAAAGGGUACUGCCCCAGUGACAGCUUGAAAAUCUUUACAAAGCCUAUCAAGAACAUAUUAAAGGUAACCCCCCCCCCCCCAAAAAAAAAGGAUAAAGAAAUGCCAUUUUGCAUGAAGGCAAUGAAACCUGGUUGAGGUGUGACGUUAUUUUAAUGAUAAUUAAAUGCAAUGUUCACCCCAGUUCUCAAUAUUGUAAUGCAAAAUAAGUAUAGCAGGCUAAUUUUUAGCAUUAGUUUAUUUCAUUUUUACAAAAAUCAUUGUGUGCUGGCAGGAUUAUUUUGAAUUAAAUUGUAUUUUCAUUACUAAAUGUGAAUGUAACGUAAAUCACUGAUUAAAUUAAUGAGAUUUGUUAAUAAAUCAAAAUGUAAACAUCAAGAUGACCUUAAUGAUACAAAUUAGUCUUCAUUUACUUUAUCAAAAAUAUUUAUGUAUUUGUGACAUAUAACCAUAUAUUAAUACAAAUGUUAUUUUAAAAAU